AUGGCAGACACCACAGUCCCAAUUGAGCUUCCUGUCAUUGACAUCUCUGAUCCCCAUGACCCCGCCGUGGGGAAGGCCAUGUUGGAUGCCGCUGCAAAAUAUGGUUUCCUAUAUGUCAACAGCAAAGGCAUCGACUUCACCGUGGAGGAUGUGGACCGUGGGUUCGGAUUGUCAAAGAAGUUCUUUUCGUCUCCCGCAGAGGAGAAACAGAUAUGUCGGAUCCAGCCUAAUAACCGUGGCUGGUCAGGAAUGCAUAUAGAGACCCUCGACCCGGAGCAUCAGCGCACUGGGGACUACAAAGAAGCCAUGAACUUCGGCGACUUCAAAGACGGCAAAGCCCAACAGCCUCUGCCGCCGUCACUAACCCCUCACGAAGCAGAGAUCAAUGGCUUUGCCGAGAUCUGCAACAAAACCUGCACCCGAAUCUUGACUCUGCUAGCCCUAGGUCUAGAGAUCCAAGAAGACUUCUUCACAACCCGCCACGACCCAAACACAGGCCCGACAGGAAGUAUCCUACGGUACCUGUGGUACCCAUCAAUCUUCUCAUCAGAAACCGCAUCCUACAAGCACGACAAGGACGUGCGAGCCGGCGCGCACUCGGACUACGGCAGCAUCACGCUUCUCUUCCAGCGGCCCGGCCAGCCAGGCCUAGAAAUCCUAACCCCGGAAGGCAGCUGGGCGCCCGUUCCCAUUGUGCCCGGCACCGCAGCCGAGGCCGAGCAGUAUCCGUUCCCGCCGAUCUUGGUGAAUAUCGGCGAUUUGCUGAGUUACUGGACGGAUGGACUGCUGAAGUCAACGGUGCACCUGCGAUUGUUGCUGCGCAUCGGGAGCGGACUGGGGGGUGUUGCUGCCGAUGGGAAGGUUGGGUUUGGGGGUGGAGCAGGGCAUUUGGUGCCUGGGAAGAGACCUUUGACGGCGCAUGAACAUCUUAUGUCAAGAUUGGAGGCUACGUAUGGGUUUACUAAGGAGUGA